AUGUCGGAGCUUCAUGUCGCCGAUCAGCAACUUGAUUUGUAUUUAGCCGUCAAAGAGCUUCAUGUUUUAAGUUCUAAAGAUCUUGGUAAACUAAUAAGCGACGCAGAAAAUGGUAUUGCUAAGUGUGUUAAACAAGAUGGAUCAUAUUUUGAGAUAGAUGUGGAAUUCCUAGCAAGGCAUCUUGUCAAGUACAUAAUGGAACAUCUUGCACCGUCUAAAGUAGAUGAUGAGCAGCAGCAUUUCAGAUCUAUGUUAAGUGGUUUAAGAUUAUUGCAUACUUUGUGUGAUAUUGCAUGUCACCAUUCAACACUUGCGCGGGUUUUGGUUGAAGAUACGAGUGUACAGGAUGAGAUGCUUAAUUUGAUAUUUCGCAUGAUUGAUUUUCUUAGUCAGUCAGGAGAGAAAAUUAGUGGUUCAAGCCAAAUGGUCCUUUUAUACUCAGCAUUGUUGUCUAGUAGUAUGUAUCUGCUUAAAGCGUUGAUUUCUUCGGAGUGGCGAGAUAUCACUCGUGUUCUACUUGCACAUUCUAAGGUUGAUAAAUUCACAACAACGGCUUUCACUGCUCUCCGUGUGGUUAUUAAUUCUCUUCAAGCGAAGCUUCCUGAUCAGCAUAUUGACCCUCACAUGAGGCCUAAUGCUAAUGAAGUCUACUGUCUCUACCAUCUUUGUGAAUCUUCUCUAGAGUUUCUUCAAUCAGCAUGCAGACAGAAGUUAUUUCAGGAAUGCAUUGUUAAGAACAAGGAGCUAUGUGGAGAAGGUGUUGUUCUUCAGUUGGUUCAGGACACCUUGAAACUAUCGCAAUGUGAAGAUCCAUAUCUUACGAAUACGGUUUAUUGGCUUAAAUCCAAAGUUUUAUCUAUAAUGCUACUUCUUUGUGAAGCAGAAAGCACAUCUUUCUGCGAAAUGGCUUCUAGCACCACUCAAAGCAAGGAGUUAGUUAAGACAACUAUUUUUGAGGUCCUUCAAGUGCUAAAGAUGAUGUUUGAUGGAGAUCUAAAAGACCAUCCAAGGGGACUUUUGCAGCUGAAUGCAAUGCGACUAACCGAAAUAUUCUCUGCUGAUUCAAGAUUCAGAACUUCCAUAAUCUUACACUUUACAGAAGUUUUGACCAGAGUGUUUCUACAACCUCAACGAGAAUUCUUAUCUACUUGGUGUUCCAAUGACCAUGAGCCCAUUGAAGAGGAGAAUGAUAUGGAUUUUGAUUCCAUAUCGGCAGCUGGACUGGGUUCUCCAACUCCUUAUGCAUAUCAGAGAUCAUCUUUACUUGUUAAAAUUCUAGCUAAUCUUGCAUAUGUUCCUGAUUUAAGUGAAGAAGAAAAUUUAAAUGCUCGCUUUGUCAAUGGUUUUCUGGAGUGCUUGCAAGCGGAAUCUUCGAAGUUACCUGGUGGUGCUGCCGAAAGAACAGCUGCCGCUAGCAGAAACCUAUCUUUCUUGUUAAAUCACGCCGAAUCUUUGACUCCUGCUUACCUAAAUGCACAGGAUGUACUUGUCCUUAGGUGGUUCAUUAGUCAACUGGAGCAACCACUUGCAGCUCAAGAAACCGAUAUCCACAGAGCUAUGCUGUUAAUUUCAACUGAAAAUGUGAAACUGACAAAUAAUAUUGGUAGACACAGCUUUAUACUUGGCAAAACGGGUGAAUCUUUCGGUCAGGAGGUUCAUCAUAGCGCACAAUGCCCAUCGCCUACACCUCCAAGCCCAUCUCCAAAUGCGGAUGACGGUAACGAUGACGAGGGCAUACCAGUAACUAUGGCUAUAGUCCAAGUUGAUCAUUUGGCUUGCAAUGAAAAUGGCCAAAAUCAUGUAAGUAAAGAUGCUACUGAUCAAAACACUGAACCCAUUAAUAGCAUACAAAAUGUUGAAGAGUUCAGAAGCAUGGAGAGUGAGCAAAGACCGGAAAACAAAAGGAGAAGGACCCUAAUGAAUGAUCAGCAAAUUCAUUUUAUUGAAAAGGCUUUACUUGAUCAUCCUGUUAUGAAGAAGAGUGAUGGUACUUUACAACGUUGGGCCGCUGAAUUGAGUCGUCAUGGUUCAAAAAUUACUGCUGACCAGUUGAAGAAUUGGUUAAGUAACCGCAAGGGCAAACUAGUACGUGCAGCUGCUAAAUUCAAGGUUGGACAACAUGUUAUACUUAUAGAUGACAAAGGAGAAGAGGUUGGUAAAGGAACCAUACAUCUAGUCAAAGGUGUAUGGUCUGGAAAAAAUUUGGUGGAAUCAAGUUCGUAUGUGGUAGAUGUUGAAGAACUCAAGAAGUCGGCUGCACAAUCGGUUUCUUGUGAAAUAAGAAUGUUGUGGAAUUCCAGCCAGCUUGUCUUGAUCCAGCAGCAGUUGCCUUGA